GCUUUCCGCGGGGGCUGGAACCAGCCCCUGGCUCUGCCGACACCACCCCUGAGCCGGAGCCUGCAGGGGCUGGCGGUCAGCAAGAAGGUGGCUGUGUCUUCCACCAUAGAGCCAUGCGUCCUGCUGGAUCCUCACCAAAAAGCCCUGUACAGGGACGUCAUGCAAGAAAGCUACUAUACCUUGAUGUCACUGGAAUUCCCCUUCCUGAAAGCGGAGGUGAUCUCCCGGGUGGAACCGUGUCGCAGAGGCUCCAAGGAGAGGGAGAUCCCAGCUGCGUCUGGCACAGCAGGUGUUGGGACAGCGAGUGAAACCGAGGAGGAUAAUCCCUCGAAGGAAGGCCCUGAGCCAGCGGAACCACAAGAGAUGCUGCCGGGAGGAUUUUCAGGAGCUGUUUGCCAGGGGCCUGCUGGGGUGAGGCUGGGAGGGGCAGGGAGGAGACAGGGCAAACCCGCCCCCCAGGAGCCCAGCCCAGAGAAACUGCAGGACAUCACGGCUCACCAGCGGACGCCCCAGGGCCAGAAGCCCUACCGGUGCCAGGACUGUGGCAAGAGCUUCAUCUGGGGUUCGCACCUGGAGCGGCAUCGGCGCGUUCACACAGGCGAGCGCCCCUACGCCUGCCCUGAGUGCGGCGAGUGCUUCACCCAGAGCUCCCACCUCCAGCAGCACCAGCUGGCCCACGGCGGCAAGCGCCCCUACGAGUGCUGUGACUGUGGCAAGCGCUUUGGUGACUCGCAAGCCCUGGCAACCCACCGGCAAGGCCACCUGGAGGACAAACCCUAUCGCUGCACCCAGUGCGGCAAAGGCUUCGACUGGAGCUCCCACCUGGAGCGUCACCGGCGCAUCCACACUGGCGAGCGGCCCUACCGGUGUGGGGAGUGCGGGGAGACCUUCGCCCAGAGCGCCCACCUCACCAAGCAUUGCCGGACCCACACCGGGAAGGGCUUCGUCGAGAGCUCUGACCUGAUGCGGCACCGGCGCACCCACACUGGGGAGAAGCCCUACAGGUGCUGGCAGUGCGGGAAAGGCUUCAGCAUCCGCCCAGCCCUCACCAAGCAUCACAGGGAGCACGCGGUGGGCACGCCACGAGCAGUUGCCACUGAGAGCCUGCCCCAGGCUGCCCCCGUCCCCUCCUCAGGGAGAGGAGAGGAGAACCCGGCACUUCCACUUCACAUCACCCGCUUGGGAGAAGGCCCCUGGGAUGGCCCGAGGGCCUCUAGACCGAGACUCCCCCAGGACGGCCCGACGGCCUCACUACCUCUGAAAACCCCAUGCUGGAAAGCACACUUCCAGCUUUAGUACCGAUGUGUUCUAAAAGUGACUCUUCAAACGUGGCCGUUUCAUCACCCUAGAGCGCCCUGCAAUCACAGGGGCUCCGUUUCCCAGCAAUAAGAUCUUUUUUCUCACUGCCAGCUCUGGGAUGGAAGAGAAGUGCUGGGUUCUUUCCUUCUCACGCAUCGUCACCAGGAAUAAAGGGUUCACAGGGCGAAUUUUUGCUUGUGCAGCCCCUGGCACCCUCAACCUCUGCGACCCCCCAUGACAGAUUUCAUAGCCCCGAGGGCCAUACAUAGGUUGACCUGCACCCCUGGUGGAGACGCAGAUAGGUCGAUAGAAAGAGUCUUCCAUCCACCUCACUACUGCCUCUCUGAGAAGUGGAUUUACUGCAUCACUGGAAAAUCCCCUUUCGUCCGCGCAGGCAGUGUCUACACUACAGUGCUACAACAUCGCAGCUGCAGCGCCGUAUAUGUGCUGCUGCCGUGGCUGUAGAGCAGAUGUGGGCUCAGAAGCAGUUCUGUUGUGGUGGCCCAGGGUGGGAUGGGGCAGUUGCAGGGUAAACGGGAGAUAGAGGCAGCGAGCACUCGAGGCCCGACUCUGCUAUGUGCAUGAAUCAGGGCAGCGGGGCGGAGAAAAGGGGCCAGUCCUGUGGGAUACGUUCUCAUAUUGCAAUCACAAGGGGAAAAAUGUGCUCUCUCCACCACCAGCCUACACAGCUGGGACUCCUUUACACCAGGAUGACCGAGAGGGGAACCAGCCCCUUUAAACUUUCUUUAAAGAGCAUUGAGCGUUAAAGAGGAUGGGCCCAGCACUCGCUGGUUGACCCUAAAAGAAAGUGGCAAAUAACCAGCCGGGGGAUCUGGCUUCAGGGGUUUCAGAGUCUGGCUGGUCCAAAUUUUAAUUUUUCAUUCCAUUCCAAGAAUGAAAUUUUUUUCAUGAAAAAUCUUUCGUUCCUUUUUUUUCUUUUUAAGGAUAAAAAAAAAUCUGAAAUUCAAAACAUUUUCCUCUCCAAUUCAAGGGUUCUGUUUUGGAGGGGGAUCGCGGGUUGUUGGUGCAUGCAUGCAUCUUUUUCCCACAUUCUCUUGCUUUUGAACUUCCCCCCCUUUUUUUCCCCUCUUGAAGAGGAGAGCAAUUUGGAGGCAGGAAAACCACUUUCUCUAACUUUUUUUCCACUGGAAAAUUUAAGAAAAACAAAGAAAGAAAAGGUGAGGAUGGGAAAUGCAGACACAUGUGAAAAAUGAAAAUUUUAGAAAUAAAACAAAAAAUUCAAUUCAA